CAGUGACACAGCACCAUGGCUUCUGACAAAGGUCCUUCAGCUGUGGAUCCCACCCUGAGGAGAAGAAUUGAACCCUGGGAAUUUGAAGCAAUCUUUGACCCCAGGGAACUCCGUAAAGAGGCCUGUCUGCUCUAUGAAAUCAAGUGGGGCACAUGUCACAAGAUCUGGCGACACUCAGGCAAAAACACCACCAAGCACGUUGAAGUCAAUUUUAUAGAAAAAAUUACUUCAGAAAGACAAUUUUGCUCAUCCAUCAGCUGCUCCAUCAUCUGGUUCAUGUCCUGGAGUCCCUGUUGGGAAUGCUCCAAGGCUAUUACAGAAUUUUUGCAUCAACGACCUAAGGUGACUUUAGUUAUUUAUGUAGCACGGCUUUAUCACCACAUGGAUGAACAAAACCGACAAGGACUCAGGGACCUCAUUAAGAGUGGUGUGACUAUCCAGACCAUGACGACCCCAGAGUAUGAUUACUGCUGGAGGAAUUUUGUCAACUACCCACCUGGAAAAGAGGCUUACUGUCCAAGAUACCCCCCUCUGUGGAUGAACCUGUAUGUACUGGAACUCCACUGCAUAAUUUUAAGUCUUCCUCCCUGUUUAAUGAUUUCAAGAAGAUAUCAAAAACAACUUACAUGGUUCAGGCUUAGUCUUCAAAAUUGCCACUACCAAAAGAUUCCAUACCAUAUCCUUUUAGCUACAGGGUUGAUACAAUUUCCUGUGAUUUGGAGGUGA